AUGGACCUUCAUUUGACUCUCGCUCUCUCCAAUUCUCUUGCUUACAAUGCUUCUGGCAAGAGCAAGACUCAUUUCCCUAAUAAGAAGCGCAGUUUUUCCCAACUCUUGGAACUUGUAGAAGAAACCUCUAGUAACACCAACGUAUCAGAUGUUAUGUUUCCCACUCUUUCUCUCCUCCCAUUAACUCCACAUCGACACUCAGAUCAUCAUGAUCAUCAACACUCCUGUCACAGUUCCUCUUCCACUAUCACAUUCCUUGAGAGAGGUGAAGAUGUUGAAGAAGCUCUCAUGGGUUGGCCUCCGGUUUAUUAUAGGAGUAAGAAGAAACUUCGCUAUAAUGAGGAUCACGUGGUGUCAAGAAAUUACGUGAAGGUGAAGAUGGAGGGUGUAGGAAUAGCUAGAAAAGUUAAUCUCAGCACAUAUCAUUCAUUUCAGACUCUCAACCAAAUUUUGAUGGACAUGUUUGGAAAAUGUGAUGAUGACCAAAAGUAUGAACUGGUUUAUCAAGACCAAGAAGGUGAUUGGCUUCUUGCUCAAGAUGUUUCAUGGAGAAGUUUCAUUGAUUGUGCUCAACGCCUCAAACUGCUCAAGAGCAGAGGAUAG